AUAGAUGGCAUUCGUAAUUAGAUUACUUACACUGCAUUAUUUUUGCAUAUCUUGGAUAUCUGCAGAUACUGGAUUUAUCAAUAUUGAUAACGUAAACCGGCCAGUUUGGUACUCAAAACCAGUAGAUCACGAAUGCUUGAAUGAAUGUUCUGGAAUUGACCGUUCGACUAUCGGUGAAGUGACAAUAUUAAAUCGCAAUUGCUCCGUUGAAUGCAAAGCGGGAGCGACUGAACAUCAUAGAUAUGCAAGCGAACGAGAUUAUAAAAAAGUUCAAGUCUGGAAUCCACUAACAAGGGUCAGAUCAGAAUGUCUUAUUGGUGUUUUGAAAGAAGACAUAUUUUGCGCUACUGUUUCUGUCAGAUCUGGAGUCAGGCAAUGGGCGAUCGCAUCUGGGAACCAAUGCCAGAAAAGAAACCUCAGAUACUAUCUUCCUAGUCAGCAAUGUGAUGACGUUCCUCGCGCUGAAAUAGGCGAGCAAACGUGUAAAGACGCGUGCGUGCGUGACGCUUACGCACUGGGUCAAAGAUACAUAAGAAUUGACGUAAUGCGUCAACGUGCUCAAUUUCGAGUUUGUUACGAUGGAAUGGUAUCCGAGUCGUAUCGAUUUGGAAAACGGACUAGCGAUGCCAGAUUUCACAAACUUAGAGGACGUUUUUGGCCUUUCUGUCGGGCAGAACUUUCUCCGUGCUCAGACUGCUUUCGUUGGGGAAACUGGACUGCUAUAACGCAAUGUACGUCAACGUGUGGGUCGUCGGGUUUCAUUACAUACACACGGUCGUGUCACAUAAAAGAUAGGACAGGACUCUACGGCGAACGCGUAACGUGGAACCGAAUUUCCGUGUCGUAUUGCAAAGCAUAUUUUGGCGGGACAAAUACCAAAUCUGAACCAUGUAACCGUGAUGUACAAUGUCCAGAAUGGUCGCAAUGGGGACCGUGGAAGGGUUGCUCGAAUGGUGAAACGAUCAGAACAUCUACUUCAUACAAUAACGGGACAAAAUGUAGAUUACUAAGACAAAGAAGAGAAAUCAAUUUGGCAGCUAGCACCACUGAAGCACCAAUCUUUAAUUCAACAUUAUUACAAGCAUUUUUCUCGACUUUUUCCCCUUUGAACGAUUCCAUUGGUAUUAAGAAAUCGUUAAAAAUUGCGCCACAAACUUUGAAGGCUCUCCAAGAAGGGAAUAGUGAAUAUCGCACGCGACAAUGUAAGUCGAAUUUACAAUCAAAUCCACCAAAAUGCGAAGGCAAUUCUACGGAGUACAGGAAAUGUGACGUCACAUAUCGAACCGCAGAUCAAGGUCAGCCUACGUUACCGCCGGAAACAAGUACGCAAUUUAACAUUGAGUGUGUGGAGGACAAUUCGGAUGACAAAAUUCAAGAUAAUGAUUCAAUAAGCAAUUCAAGCCAUGGAGAGCAAUUUUCUACCGAAAAAAUAUCUCCUAUGGAAACAACUACGACUGAAGCUUUUGACACAGUCUCUUCAGGAUUGGAGGUAACGUUGACAAGACACUCCGAUCCAAAAACACGAAGAAAUAGAAAUCACACAAGAAUCGCUGAUGAUGGGUUCACUUCAGUAUUAAAGGAUUAUGCUCCAGCUCUUAUCGCAGGACUUCUCGUCUUCAUUGUGCUACUGCUAAUCGUUCUCAUUGGCAUUUGCGGAAUACGAAUGAUGCAGAAGAACAGACGAACUCGCUAUGACGUCACAUCGCCGUCGUUCUCCGCUGGUACAAUGGGAUCCAUACCAAGCGGUUUAGUUCAAGGAUUUUCACAUGUACUUGGACUAAGACAUGGUUCAGGAACGUUUGGUCGAAGCGAGACUACACUCAACGGCGUUAAACUUACCGGCGAUGCGUUAAGUAGCAGGGGUAGCUGUAAAAGCAUGACCAGUCCUGUAGGUCACGGUACAAAAGGGAAAAACAAGCAGCAUCCGCAUAUUCUGGCCACCAAUCUCAAUGGAGUAGGACAUACUUCAAAUCACACUCACCAGAACUCUCCGCGGACAAGAAUACAAAUGCGAGAACUUGGAAGUAGAUCAGUGGUUGCUACCAAUAUGGGAUCAAGGGAACCGUCCGCUUCUUCACUUCUGUCGACGUCAUCGACCCCACCUACUAGCGUGCCCCCAAAUUCAUGUUCCCUCCAGCCGUUACCCCCCAUUCCUUUGAACCAAUCGCCUCACCCAAUGGGUAAUGAUGGCUCCGUGUUCAAACGUGGAACGGGCCGGAGCGCAAGUCUUAAUCCGAUGGAAAGCGACCACAGCAACUUCAAUACAAAAUCUCAACCACGAGCUGAAAGCGUCAGUGGAAGGGUCACAUGUCGCCCUCGCGGAACAGGAAGUGAAAGCGGAACAAACUGGCAGAUGAGACAAAAGCGCGGUUGCGGUCCAGGAACAAAUAAAGUUUCAACUUCAAGGAACGACCCAGCUAGUGAGGCCUAUUGCGUACAUGACUGCGAUGCAAACUCGUGCUGCGAAAAUUUCAACGGAGAUUCUGCAGCAGAAAAUGAAUAUUGGAGCGUUACACGGUGCUUUGAUUCUGGAGUUGACUCAUCUGACCAAAACGCUCCUCGUGGUCACCUUGGCGAAAAGAAAACAUUCAAACGCAUUCAAGCGGAAAAAGAGCGGGAAGGAAUCCGAAUGACGCGAUUACGAAGUAAACCUUCACUUAGUGAGGAUGAGGAAAAUAUCGAAGUAAAAAUGGUCGAUAAUGUGUUGUACGCGGUCACAACAAAUGCUUGCGUCCAUCGUUCGGCUGAUGAAGAUGAACAAAGCGGACCAAAAUCAGCUACAUCGAUGGAAAGUAGCAAACGUUCCCAUCUUGGCUCAUGUGGAGAAAACAUAAGAAGUAAUGAAGGACGUACGUCGCUGGCGAGCGCAAAUCAACCUUUUUACAACACUAUAGGUAUGGAGGAGUCACAUCAAGCAAGCGAACCAGAGACUUCGGUUUCAAACGAGGACGAUUACGACCAUUUGUGCGAUCAGUUUGGGGGGCCAUAUUCUACCAAGAAUAGAGCAAAAUAUCCAGGAACGAUGACGUCACUACAUCAACUACGUCAUCAACAUCUAGUGGAACAUGACGUAACAAAGAAGUUGCAUGAUUACGAAUGUAUUGAAUUUGAUGAAGAAGAAGAAACUGACGUCAUGGGAACUGAGAGACCAAAUGACGUCAAAGACAAUACGUCACAAAAACGGGCUAGAAAAAAUGACUACGUUAUUGGUCCACGUGAUGGAAGCGUUAAUGAGAUGUAAAAUUAAAUAAUUUUAAGAUUGAUUCAAUUUUAUAUAAAUAAUAUACUAAUAUUUAAAACAAAAAUGAAAUUCAACUGGGAGUAUUACAAAUUAUAAAUCGUUUCGAUUGCUCUCGCAAUGGUAUUUCUUUCUCGCGACUUUACUCAAGGCUAUGUUUCUUUUAAAAUGAGUAAGCAGUCCUUUGCCCUAGUUAAUUUUAAAGCAAAUUUGAGUUGAGUUCAAUCAAUAAAAGUAUUCUAUAUCUAAAUAACUUCCAGUUGGUAAUUUUUCAGAUUAUGAUAUUGUGAAAAUGUACAAAGGUAAAAUUGGUCCUCGUCUAUCUUUGUUUAGAAAUGAUUGAGCAUAAGUUUACUUUGGAAAAGUUUGAGAAAAAAUUGAAAUCUAGAUGUUAGUCUAUUUCAUGACGAAUUUUGAUUUGAUAUUAUUGUCAAUUUACAGUAUUGUGAAAAUGUAAAUUUGCUCUCAACUAUGUUUCAUUUACUCUGAGUGAGCAUGACUUUGCUUUAGGCAAAUAUUAAAAAAAAUCAAUUUAAAGCUACCUUUCCAUUCUAAUGAGUGACAAUGACGUUGCCUUGAACAAAUUACUCGAUACUCCCGUAGUAUGUGUACCAGGUUAGGGUUAGGUCAUAAUUUCAGG